UUCUAUAAUAUUUUGCAUUUCAAAACUCUGUGAUGUACAGCUAAACAAAAAGUUAAUUAUCAACAACUGGUUGUAUGUGUGAACCACUUUGAACAAAUGAGCAGCUGCACACCAUGUUCGUUGCUAAACAGACCGGUUUGUUUGCGAUGUGCACACACCAUAUUUCUCUCUGGUCACAUUAGUUUUAACAGAGAGUUCGAGAGAGCUGCUUGUGUUUGUCGCUUGUUGAGUGUUUUGAAAAAUCCGAGAUUUCUUGUUAUUUUCUUCUAAUUUUGUGUCAUUACAGAAUAGCCGAUUGCAAUGGCAGCUUCGAAUGUCUGUCGCUUAUGUCGUGUAUCGUGCUGUGAUAGCAUACGUCUCUAUGAUGCCCAUGGUGAGACGAACGAAAUCUAUGCCAUCACUAUAAAAUAUUUUCAGCCCAUGUUUUUAGAAGUUGAACCCGGUGCUUUAAAUCAACUUGCUGUCUUGUGUGCGGAAUGUUGGCAUCAUAUUUUCGGUUUUAAUAAUUUUCAACAGACUGUUCUGUUGUUGCACAUUAAUCUUAACAAGGCGGCCCCAAGUGGUACCGAAACUUUUUCCCCAGUUAAUUCGCACAUAAUGCCAAUAGUGAAAUGUGAACCUGAAACCAUUUCAAUACCAGACGAAGAUGAAUUUCAAGAUAUUGUAAACACGAGUGAAAUAGAAUCUAACCAUUCCGAUGAGAUACAGUUAAUUAUUACGGAUUGUGAAAACCCAGAUGAAACUAAUUUGAAUGCAAUUGCAUCGGAAACACAUCCCCAAAUAAUACUUAAAAAUCCCAAUUCCGAAGAAGCGGCAUUUUGUCCCCAACAAACCACGGAUGUGGACGAAGUCGUCCAUGGCGACAUGGAUAGUGAAGAAAGUUGGGAUAUUGGUUCGAUUUCAAAAUCACAUGAGUCGGAAGCGCCUUCAUCCACAGAGGCUGUUAAAAAUGAGGAGAUACCAAAGGAUACAUUUAAAAUCUCCGAUCAUAUUUAUCGACCCGUCAGAAUAAAUAAAUGUAUAUCGAAAAAAGUGGAUGAAGUCAUUGCCAGAUGGAUGCCAAACAUACCAUGCCGUCUGUGUUCCAUAACCUGUAAAACAUUCAAUGAACUGAGACAACAUUUUCAGACAAAUCAUCCCGACGAUGAAUUCUAUUCGGAAUGCUGUGGUAGAAAAUUUAAAUUCCGUUAUCGUAUGGAGGAACAUGCACUCGUUCACUUGGACCCGAAUGCUUUUAAGUGCACCCGUUGCCAUAAACUAUUAACGUCAAGAGCCAAAUUUUGGCAACACUGUCUUCAAUACCACAAGAAAAGUUGAUUUAAUGGAGAUAUGUAUCGGAAGAGGAAAGCUUUAUACAAAAUUAGAAGUCUAGGUUUUUUAAUUUAUUACUCGAAAAUUCGUGUUAUAAGUACGUUGUAAGCAAUUAAAUAAGAAAAAAUAA